CCCGAACAAAUGCCUGGAAGCUGCCCACUUUUCUCAAUGUCUCAGUAUUCAUUCACAGAGUCGUCAGUAGUUUUCAAGUACAGUGCCCAGGUCGAAAAAAUAUGUUUCCUUAUUUUUGGCGCGCUUCAGGUAUGUUAUCACUUCGUAGUCAUAACACCGUUCCUGAGUUCGCGUAUAUAUCUUUAUAUCCUCGGUCAAUCCAUCUCUCAUAACCUCUUCACUCUUUCUCACCUGCUAUGUCAUGCAGUUUCUGAACUCGCUCUUUACUUCUGAGCGGGUCUCCAAGCGCACGCGAGCUUUCGCCGAGCAUUUCAAGUAUGGUGUCAUAUCCUCCUCCCUUCUUUCCCCGGGUUUCGCCUCCACCCCCGUCCCUCACCCACACCGCCGUUCCUUUUCACCCUCAAUUCCUGGCAAACUCGCAAGUAAUCACAGCAGGACUACCAGCGUUGCUGAAAGCACAGCAACCGAUCAAAUUUCCCUAACCAUACCCGCCGAAUCCGAAAUACAUGUAUGGCCCGUAACCCUUUCUAUCACUCUUGCUGUUGCAGCACUCAGCGCUCGAUUUUACUCCUUGUUUGUUCUGUUGCUCAUUGGCACACUGUAUUAUAUGCACGUUCAUCGAUUGGAUAUACAUUCUAAACCUGACAUCAUCACACCUUCACUGGAAGCUCUGCAAAAUUUAAUAAUAGCGGGCAAGGUGUGGGACGCCGUUAUUCAUGAUACCCUUGACAUCCUAGAAAAUGAAGAGCGAAGCAUCUUCUACGGACCAUCCUCUCCAAUGACACCUCCUUCGUCACUCAGGGUGGCACUAUCAACCUCCCUGCUUACGACUCAAACCCAAUGCGAUAAUGUUCGCCAACUGCUUUCUGCAAUUGCAUCUCCACCUGAGCUUGCGCAGCUUUCGGAGAUGUAUGCCCCGCCAUCACCUAUGAAACUCACGUUCUCUCUUAAUAGCGAUCACCAUCGGCCACUUUCUCUGCCAGGAUCUCGGCAACGUGGCAACUCUACUUCCGCCCGCGAUCUGAAGAGGUCAACGUGGAAUGGGUCCUACUCUGCUCUUGCACAGGCAGGAAGUCCCACUUCCCGCAUUGCACAGAGGAGAGACAAGCGGAGAUCAGAUCUUAGUGCACUCCUUGAUGCUGCGUCACCAUCACGAAGAAGCAGUGUCAGCGCUCCGACGAGCCCGUCCCCUCUCAAACCACUGCUUGAUGUGGUUGAGGAGGAUGACACUCACCCUGGGGCUUCCUCGCUACCAGAGGGUGAGGAUGAUUUCUUUGGUGCUGCUGCUCUUGAUCUCCGCCGAAAGCGUCAGAGUCAGGGUAUGAGCAAAUUUGGGGUGUUACCCCGAAAUUCUGCCGUAUCAUUAUUCAGAAGUAACUCUGACUCGAGGCACCUUCCAACAAUGUCCCCCGCCUCAAAAUACACAAGUAUGCAAACAACCCGACAUCCGCUCUCCUUGUCAUCCUUGAAUCUGUCUCUUCAGAGUGCCCUUGCUUCGAGACGAUACGCAUGUUCUCAUUUAUUAGCUCUUCGUUUCGAAGAGGAUGAAGAUGAUGCUUAUUGGGAGGACGUGCGUUCGCUCAUGAGCCUCCUUACGACAACAUUAGUGGAUGCUUCAUCGAGACUCACUGAGGUUCUGGAUGAGGUAGAGGAACAGGAACAGCUUUGUAAGGACGAAGCUGCAUCAGAUUCUUCAUCCGACAUGCGGGCUUCCUCUUCGCUACCAUCGCCUCCAGUCUUCACGCGCCCUCUUUCGCACUCGAUCUCUCAAAUCACAUCCUUUGCGCCAUUGCCCAGUGACCUUGCACGAUUUGCAGCUCACGUCGAUGCUAUUUCGUCUGCUCUAAACGACGCGCGAGAUCACCUUGAGCACUGCGUGACCUCGCUGAAAGAAGAGACAUCGCUUGGACAUUCUCCGCAUUCAUCGAUGUCAUCUAUGGAGCCCUCUGGUCACCCUGCUCUUUUGGCCUACGAACGCCUGCGGCGUGAGAUUGGUCUUGCAUUGCGGGAGUGUGAGCGCGGCAGGGAGAGGCUCACAAACAUCGUGCAUCCACCCAGCCCCUCGCCAGAGGAACCAGAAGACUUGCCCACCUUAGCUCCUGACAUGGGCAGCGACGAUUCCGACAAGCCUGAAGAAGCACCACCAUGCAUGGACAGGCAAAACGAGGACAUCGGGUUGACGGUGAUCUCACCAUCCGGAGAGACAUUCGAUGCAGAUGAUGCGACAUCCCCUCUGCUGCUAACAUCGUCAUCGCAUCAUUUACCUCCGCCUGGUAUCGAGCAGGUGUUUGAAGCUGAGACGGGGAACUCACCGGCGUAUAUGCGUGAGCGGUCGAAGAUGACGAGGGAGGAGCGGAUAAAGCUUGCGAGGGCACGGCGGGAGAGUGGUGGGGCUGUUGGGGAUGCGCGUGAGUCUAAGGUUGAACGGUGGGGGCCGGGUGGGGAGGUGGUGCAGGAGCUCAAGGAUGUGAUAUGGAAGGUGGGGGAGCGGCGAAGGCGGAUGACGGAGGAGCAGUUGAGGAGUGCGGCGUCGUCGAUACCGGCGCCUAGUCAUGGAGGUGUGACGCCGAUGGAGAUUGUGCGGCAGGGUGGGGUUGCAUCUUAGUGCAGUGCUAGGAUGUCUAGAGAGGAUACAUAGUAAUACUUCGUGCUCGUUUUAUUGACUGCUGUCCGCUGUUGUUGUGUGAUGUUCAUCAAGUCUUGGUACAUGUGCACUUGCACCUCCUCAUGACCGGGAUCCUGGUAUCAAUCCGUUUGAGAAACG